UUAAAGUUUAUUUGUUACAAUAGGAAACUAAUGGAUGCAUGGAUCAUAUUUUACAAUACAGUAGUUUGACUCCUCUACAGAAAGCACGUCGUGCCUUACGUUUGGCUCUGAAUAAGGCUGCAGAAGAUAUAAUUUUGCACAAUCCAUCAUAUCCAUCAUGUAGUUUCAAGUUUGAUUGUGAUGGUGAGUUUCAAUUGGCAGCAGUUACUUUAAAACAUUUCAGUUUAGGAAGAAUUGAAUAUUGGGUUACUUUUUAGAUUCUCCAGAUGAUCUCUGUGAAGAAGAAGAGUCUGUUGAAAUAGAAUGGCCUGAUAUCCCUACUCCAAAAGAGGAGCCAGAAAUCCUUCCUAAAACAGGUUUCAUAUCUAUUUCCCUUAUCUUACUCCUGAGUGUUUUCCACAUUUAUCCUUACCUAUUUCCUUUCUUCAGAACAUAUGCAAAAGCAAAUACAAGAGAAUAUGUCACACAACUUUGCAAAUAUAAGAAGUACGUCAUCAAAUGAAAGUUUUAUGAAUUUCAAUGAAGACUCUUCUCAGAAUGCAAAUGAUAAUUUCUGUGGUCAGUUCUUGAGCAUGCCAGAACUUGAUCCAGAACCACUUCAAGAAAGGUCUAAGGCAAAAAUAUCUCCAGAGUUUUAUUUUGAAAACAAUAAGAAAGAAAUUACUGUUAAAAGCUUGAAUAGAAUGGAUAGUGAACAAAAUUCACUAAAUUGUGUUCUGCCCUCAGUUAGCAAUGAUCAAAAUGAUGAUAUUAUCAUUAAUGAGAGUAAUCAACAGAGUCAUUACAAUGGAGAAUGGGACCAGAUGCUAAAUGAUUUUAUAGUUAACAAAGGCUCCAGUCAAGAAUGCAGUUCAGAACUAAAAGAUAUUUAUUGUCAGAUUUCAAAAACUAUAGACUUAUUGAAUUCUUAAGGAAAAUUCAAAUAUUAAGAAUU